AUUUGUCAAAUUAGAAAGAAAGAAAAAAAUCUAAGUUGAAUUCAUUUUCUCUUUGGUCGACUCGAGACUCGACUCGUUCCAUUGGAGUUGGCCUGGCUUAAUAAUACCCGUAUAAUCGAGUGGCCAUUAAUACAACUUUACGAAUCGGAAUUCUUUGUAUUGCAAUUCUUCCAGAAAUCUGCUCACCUUCUAUCUUGUUUAUGGCCACUUUUCAGCAUUUUUUUGAGCUGGACUAAAGCAAUAUAACAUCAAUUUUGGCUUAUGCUAUGGGAAGCACUGGUGGACAAAAGCUUUCAGGAUUGCAGAAGCAUGUCCUGAAUCUUUACAGAGGUUUUCUGCGAGCAGCCCGUACCAAACCACCUGAAGGUCGUCGUCAGGUUGAAUUGAUUGUAUCUGAAGAGUUUCGCCGCAAUUCCAAGCAAAUUGAUCGCAAGAAUUUUGUUUACAUAGAAUACUUGCUUCGACGUGGUAAAAAACAACUUGAUCAGAUCAAGAAUAGUGAUAUUGUCAGCUUGUCAUCCAUGAAGGUUGGUGGGGCUGAGAAUAAAGAUACGUAGGUCAGCAGCCGAUGCCAUCAGUUAUGGUAGGAAGCUAGUUGAGUACAAUAAGUUCUGUGACAUCUUGAUAAAUUUUCUCAUAAUCGAGCAUUUGUCUCUGACAAAGAAUCUUAUUGUAAUUUAAGAAAGCAGGAAUGGUUUCUAUGUCAAUAGGAAAUCCUAUAAAAUUUGUGUGCACCAGUUCUUGCAUCAAUAUGGGUGGCUAGACAGAGCAAUUGGGAGGAUUCCUGUCA